GCAUUAAUGCUUGCGAUCCGCCCUCGCGGAUCGCAAGCGACGGUCGUAACAAGAUGGAAACGACAAAAAUGGAAGAACUUCUCGCAAAUGACUACUGAAGAAGGAUCGAUCGGAGCAAAUAUAUUGGUUACGAGACAAGGAGGAAAGGACAGAACGAUGGAACUUCUCGCGAGUGAGGACUAA